UAGAUUGUUAAUACCGAUUUUAUAAUUUAUUACUUAUAAGAGAAAAAUUAAUAAAAAAGUGGAAAACUUUAUAUUUAAAAUUAGUUAUAGCGGAAUCGUACUGAGUAUUAGAUUAUUACGUUUACUGAAAUAGAAAAGAUGGCACAAACACUCCAGGACUCACCUAAUGCUCUCAUCAAUAAAACUGUUUUAAGCCGUUACAUGAGUUUGCCAGUCUCAGAUGACAUUGUUCAAGCUACUUAUAUUUGGAUUGAUGGAACUGGACAAGGAAUACGAUGCAAAGACAGAACUUUGACAUUUAGGCCUAAAUCUCCAGAAGAAUUGCCUAUUUGGAAUUACGAUGGUAGUUCCACUUACCAAGCAGAAGGGUCCAAUUCUGAUACCUACCUACAUCCAGUUGCCAUUUACAAAGAUCCUUUUAGAAGAGGUUCUAACAUUUUGGUGAUGUGCGACACAUACAAAUUUGAUGGCACACCGACGGAGUCAAAUAAGAGAAAAUCAUGCUACGAGGCGGCAAAAAACUGCAGUGAAGAUGAGCCAUGGUUUGGUAUUGAACAAGAAUAUACUCUCUUAGAUGUGGAUGGUCAUCCAUUAGGUUGGCCUAAGAACGGUUUUCCCGGAGAGCAAGGUCCAUAUUAUUGUGGAGUGGGGGCAACUAAGGUAUAUGCUAGAGAUCUAGUCGAAGCACAUUAUAGAGCCUGCUUAUAUGCAGGAAUAAAAAUUGCGGGUACUAAUGCGGAAGUUAUGCCAGCACAAUGGGAAUAUCAAGUUGGUCCAUGUUUGAGCAUAUCUGUAGCAGAUGACUUAUGGGUGUCGAGAUAUUUAUUACAUAGAAUAGCGGAAGAUUUUGGUAUUGUUGUAACAUUGGAUCCUAAACCGAUUUCAGGUGAUUGGAAUGGGGCAGGUGCUCACACGAAUUUCUCUACCAAGGUUAUGAGGGAAGAUGGUGGUAUUAGACAUAUCGAAAGUGCUAUUGAAAAAUUACGGAAAGUGCACGAAAAACACAUAAAAGCGUACGAUCCUCAUGAAGGCAAAGAUAAUGAAAGACGGUUAACUGGAAAACAUGAAACGAGUACUAUACAUACAUUUAGUGCAGGAGUAGCACACAGAGGAGCAUCUAUUAGAAUACCUAGAGGUGUAUAUGACGACGGAAAAGGCUAUUUAGAAGACAGAAGGCCAAGCUCAAAUUGUGAUCCAUAUAGCGUAGUCGACGUUAUAUUAAGAACCGUUUGUUUAAAUGAAGUUUAAAUACUUAUUACUAUGUUACAAUUUAUAAAUUUUUAUAUAUAUUCUUACGUAAUUUAAUUUAUUUUAAAUAAAAACUCGUUGGCAUAAAAA